AGAGGUAUAUCACACACCUUUGACGGCCGUCAGAUAUCCACAAAAAGCGUCUGAAGUUCGCAGGUCUUGGGUGGACACGUAACUUCCGUUUUGCAUUAGAUGAAGCAUGUAUAACAUCGCAUCGACACAGUCACGACGCUGCCCUGGAGCGCCACGACCAGAACGCGCGCACCCUGGCUAGCGCUCUACACAUCGUCCCUUGCUUCAUGCCUCCACGAAGACAACGUGCAUCAGCACAGUUUGACCCUGAUGUGGUCGCAAAGCGUACCCAGAGACAUUUGGACGAGCUUGAAAGAUCAAAUUACUCCGAACCAUCUACCCUCAUAGGGGGCGCAGAAGACGCCGAAGAGGCGAGCGGAGGUCGAACAGGCAAAGGGCGAGCGCGUCAAGCGACUUCGGAUAAGAGGGCGGCCGAGCUCGGCAAGAAGAAAAAGUCGACUAUGAACGUGCGGACGGCUGUGCUGUACAAGAAGAGUUUUGUACAACUGCUGGAAGAGUCGGGUAUAGCUUCUUACCCCGCUGCGAUACCGACCUAUGUUACCGCGACCGCGCCGCCUCCCAGGGAGCCACCGCGGAUGAUCUGCACCGUGUGUGGAUACUAUGGCAAGUACCGCUGCAGAAAGUGCGGUGUAGCGUAUUGCGGCAAGAACUGCGAGAGCGUACACGACGAAACGAGGUGUGAGCGGCGUAUUUUGUAA